ACAUAUUGUUAAUUUAAAGCAUAUAUUUUAUGUUAUUGAAUGAAAUAUUCAUUUGAUAUUACUAAUAAAUGCUACAACGUUAAUAUUUAAUUUUAAAUAAUUUUAAUUAUAUUUAGUUUUUAUUUGUAAUAAUGAUUAAUUAAAUUUAAUUAAAUAUUAGUUUCUUUUCCUGAUUUUUUCUCAUAUCUAUAUUAAGUUUAAAUUAUUUAACUAAAGGAAAAUGGGAGAUUUUGAUGUUCUAAGUUACUGUCGUCAAUUGCGUAGUUUAAAACCUCCUCCGUAUCCAUGCCCAGUGCCUGAUUGUGAUAAAGUAUACUUAAGUAUGACAGGAUUCCAAUACCAUUUAGCUCAUAUUCAACAUUCAAGUCCUAUACCUCCUUUAAAUUUAGAUACAUCUGAUAAACAAACUCCUGCUGCAACACCAGCUUCAACUAAAGUUAAAAGCAAAAAAAAGAAAGGUAGGCGAGUAACAUUUACUACACUUCCUAGGAGAGCACCCCUUGAAAUAAUUGAACCAGUGACACCUGUACUUUUAUCAAAGUCAUUAUGUGAGUUAGAAGUUUCUGAUAAUAAAUUAAUGAGAUUUAAUGUUGAAGAUCAUCUACCAAUUAUUUCAAAAAGUGAUUAUAUAAAAGAACUAAAACCUUCUUAUAGAACGUCUGCCAUACUCUCUUCACUAUCUAAAAGUAAGGAAGCUGUUCAAAAUUUACCACAAGCUGCUUAUAAAGAAGUAGAUAGUUAUGACAUACCUCCAGCACCACCUAUGCCAAAUUCAUACAUUAGAUUUAUUGAAAAAUCAGUUGAAGAAUUGGAUACUGAAGUAGAAUAUGAUAUGGACGAGGAAGAUGCAGCUUGGCUUCAAAUUAUGAAUGAGAAAAGAGAAUCAUCAGGUUUAGUAGGAAUAUCAAUUGAAUCUUUUGAACUAUUAAUGGAUCGUUUAGAAAAAGAAUCUUAUUUUCUUGUGCAAAUGAAUAAAGAAGUUGAUAGCAGCCUAGCAGUGAUUGAUGAUGAAGCUGUUUGUUCAAUUUGCCUUGAUGGAGAAUGUCAAAACUCAAAUGUUAUAUUAUUUUGUGAUAUGUGUAAUUUAGCUGUUCAUCAAGAUUGUUAUGGCGUUCCAUAUAUACCAGAAGGACAAUGGUUAUGUCGACGUUGCCUACAUUCACCUUCAUGUAUGGUUGAUUGUGUAUUAUGCCCAAAUAAUUGUGGAGCAUUUAAACAAACUGAUCGAGGUCUCUGGGCACAUGUUGUAUGUGCACUUUGGAUACCAGAAGUUAGAUUUGCAAAUACAGUAUUUUUGGAACCUAUUGAUAGUAUUGAAACCAUUCCUACAGCUAGAUGGAAGCUAACUUGUUACAUUUGUAAACAGCGCGGUGUGGGUGCUUGUAUUCAAUGUCAUAAAACUAGUUGUUAUGCAGCUUUUCAUGUGACUUGUGCUCAACAAGCUGGUUUGUAUAUGAAAAUGGAGACAAUAUCAAAUGAUAUGUCUAACAUUGGAGAGUCUGAACCCGGUACGGUUUUGGUACAAAAAAUUGCAUUCUGUGAUGCACAUGCUCCAGCUGAUUAUCUAGCAGAAAAUCGUAGUCGUCAGUCACCUAGUGAAAAAGUGAAUAAUGCUCGUCGUGUUUUAGCCAAAAAACGUCAUGCUGCACCUGUCAUUUCAAUACCUACAAUACCUCCUGAGAGAGUAACAGAAAUAGCCAACUUGUUAACAGUUCCUAAAAAAAAUCAAUUUGUUCAACGUUUAAUUGCUUAUUGGACUUUAAAGCGACAAUUUAGAAAUGGUGUUCCACUUCUACGUCGUCUACAAACUAGUCAAACCUCAAGUGUUUCACGUCGCGAAGAACCAGUUGUUUCUGGAGAAAAUGAAGAUGACCUUCUUGAGUUAUACAAACAGUUGAAAUAUUGGCAAGCACUUCGUCAAGAUCUUGAAAGAGUUCGUUUGUUGUGUGAACUUAUACGUAAGAGAGAGCGUACUAAAAAAGAAUUUAUUAAAGUUCAUGAACAAUAUACUAUGAAAUCAUUAUGGCCUUUUAAUGCCUUUUUAAAUGCUAUUCUUCAACAAUUGAUUGCAAAAGAUACAGGUCAAAUUUUUAUAGAACCUGUUGACCAAAAUGAAGUACCAGAUUAUGGUGAUAUAGUUAAACAUCCAAUGGAUUUACAAACAAUGGAAACUAAAAUAAAACAUUCAGAGUAUAAUUCUUUUGAAGACUUUGAAAAUGAUUUUAAUUUAAUGAUAGCAAACUGUUUAGCAUAUAACUCUAAAGAAACAAUUUUUUAUAAAGCUGGAAUAAAAAUGAGAGAUCAAGGUGGAACAGUUUUAAGAACAGCGAAAAGAGAUCUUAAGCUUCUAGAGUUAGAACCCAUGUCUUUGAUGCUGACUAAUAAAACUAAAAAAGAUAAUGAAACUCCUAUACUCCAAGAAAUUAAAACUGAAGAAAUUAAAGAUGAAAUUACUUUGGAAUUUGAUAAAGAAUUAAAAGAAAUAUGUAAUCCAUCUAAUACUAUGGGAGAUGAUGAUCGUAUGUGUAAACUAUUACAACUAGCUGAUAAAUGCCAUGGUGGACGUCAAUCUAAACGUGCUAGGUUAAUAAAAUCUGAAUUGUCUAAACUAAAAGUUAAAAUAGACACAGAAGCUAAUACAACAAGUAAUGAUGAAACUGUUGAUGAAAAUGACAAAGUUGAGGAAGAAAAAACAACCCCAAGACGUACUACCAAAAAAAACCUUGAACAACAGUCUAUGGAUAAUUUUAUAUUUAAAAAACCAGAUACUCCAAAUACUGAUUCACCUACUGUCACUCCUCGAUCUUCAUCUAGAAAAAAAAUGUCUUCUGACCCUUUUAUAACCCCACCUUUAAUAAGACAUACUAGGCAAUCAGCUAAUCUGGAAAGUUUUAAGGCUUAUAGAUCAAACAAAAAGACAGAUACUGAAGAUGAAUCACCUUCUGAUGAAGAAUCGAGUUAUUUUGAUGAUUCAGAAUCUGAAACAAAUUCUAGUAGUUCUACGGGUAGUGGUAGUGGAUCAUCAUCUGAAUCGGCUAGUUCAUCUAGUACUUCUUCAGAUUCUGAAUCAGAAAAAGAACAGAAGAAGAAAGGAAAAAAAGAUGAUUUUGCUCAAUUACAACUUGUGUGGGCUAAGUGUAGAGGAUAUCCAUGGUACCCAGCAUUGAUAAUUGAUCCUAAUAUGCCUGCAGGGCACUUGCAUAAUGGUAUUCCAGUUCCAAGCCCUCCAUCUGAAGUAUUAAAUUUAGCCAGCAAUUAUAAAGAGUUAGUUUACCUCGUCUUAUUUUUUGAUGCAAAGCGAACUUGGCAAUGGCUACCACGUAAUAAGUUAGAACCAUUAGGUGUCACACAAGAAUUAGAUGACAUUAAGUUGACAGAGUCAAAAAAACCUGCUGAUCGAAAGUCAGUUCGAAAGGCUUAUAUGGAAGCUCUUGUUUAUAAAACUGAUCCAAUGAUACCAUCAUCAACUUAUUUAAGGCGAUCAAAUAGAAGUUAAUUUAUUAGUUAUUUAUUUUAUUUAUUUAUUUUUGAGAUGAUAAUUUCAAUCUUUUAUGUAAAUCACCUAAAUUAUCUAUUUGGCUUUGUAACCUAUGUGUUUAUUAUAAUAAGUUUUUAUAUAUUUAUUGUUUAUAUCAUUUUUUUAUUUUAAAAAGAGCAAAAAAUUAUUUAAAGAUUUUUAUUUGAUAUAAUAAGUUAUGCGUAAUUAUUUUCGAACCUUAAAAAAUUGUUAACAAACCAACUUCUUAAAAAUUUCUAAAUUUUAGCAAUUAAAUACAAAUUUAAAAUCUUUA